AUGUCCUCCCAGAAGAAACAGGGAAAAUCUUCGACUAAAAAGUUCAUACCCUUGCCUAUGGAGAAAUCGAAGCCUGUUGUCGUUGAUGCUUCUGCUGAGACAAGACGUGCUAAGACUAGUUCUUCACAAAUUACAGCGAGUCAGGAUGACAGCCAUGCCCUUGGCAAUGCCAAUAGCUUUUCGAAAGCCGACAAACACCCAAGUACGUCUCGUUCAUUCGCUGAAAAACGGAAGACAAUUGCUUAUAUACAAAGCCUAUCGCCUGAAAAAAGAAACAGGAAAGAUACGCUGAAUUAUUCUUCGCUCACUCUGCAAACAGCCGAAGGGACAAAACAAGCCCUGUGCUUUAGCAAGUCCAAAAGGAAGUUGCUUAAAGAAAGGUUUGACAACAAGACCGCAGUUGAAAUCUACAAUCAUACAGUGUCUAAUGACGGUAAAAUUUUCAUCAACGAAAUGACGCAAGUUUCAAAUGCACAACCAGGUGAUUAUUUUUUUCAAUUCGAAGAGAUUCCUGACCAGUAUCCCUUGCGAAGCUUGAAUGACAUAAUCAAGGAGGCUAAGUCAAUGGAUAUGGUUAACUUUUCUGCCAAAGUUGUCUCGAAAGGGCCGACAGAGACCGCUAGAAACCUAAAAUUAGCACGGUGCGUUGUUGCUGAUAGUCCAUCAUCAUGCAUGACGUUGGUGCUCUGGCAAGAACACAUAGACCAGGUGAGCGUUGACCAGGUAUACAUCUUUAACUCUUUCUCGCCACGCCCCAGUUGCGUCGAUCCUGAGCGAUCGACGGCUUUGCGUGUUGAUAUCUUCGGUUCAUUGCAUACGAUGGAGACAAAAAUACCACUGUUAGAACGGCAGUUUCACAAUCUCAUGUCAGACCUAAUUUUGUUUGUCUAUGGUACAACGCAAGCGAUUUAUAAUUUUUUAAAUCAUUGAGAUAUGUAUUUUCAAAAAUACGUACCGGAUGUUCAACAUAACAAACAUAUUCUGAACCUUGCUGGACUAUAUCUUCGCUCGAAUAAACGUUAUCGAGACAGAAAUACCACUACUAGAAUCCCCGUAUCGCAAUCUGUUUAUGUCUUGAAUUUUGUAAGAUUACGACAUAAACAACACAUUUUAUGGGCAUUUUCGGAAAUGCACGUGCAUUCGUGAUGCGUCGUACACCAGUCGGCAAUCUUCGGAGCCUCAAUUCGCCGGGUUCUUUUCACCCCACGGUCUAAAAACCCUCGGCAAUCGAUUCCCCAUGAUGUAAUCCCCCUGUAUCGUGAAUUUCAUUGGUUUAGGGCAAAAGCCGUGCCUUAUACGGCAUUUUUUAGAUUAUAAGUGAUGCGCGCACCAACGGCUCGCUGCCGUCUUUGAUAUUGUCUAAUACGCAAAGAUGGCUUAUACGCUUGAUGCCGUAAUCGAAGCGAUCGACAACGAAACUUUUGCUUUGGACGCUAGUGGAAUAUCAUCAGAUGAAGAAGAAGACUUGGACAGACGUUUGGUGAUGUCAGAUAGCGACCCAAGGCAA